CUUCCAUCCGGACCUCACCUUGGGAGGGUUUCGACCUACCACUGAAGCCUUUCUCCGAAUACUUAGCAGGCUCGGACAUCCUUUACGCCGCGGCAGCCUUCUCAAUUCAAUGCAUAUCGACCACAAUGAGUGAUGUCUUGACACAAAUCCAGGAUGAGGUGGACAAGCUCCUCCUUCAAAUGCAAAGCAGUCUACAGACCAUCAAACAUCGAGCACCACCCUCCGCUCCACCCGGCCAACCCCUCCUGACCUCAUUCACCGUGCAUGCGCAACAACAAGCUCAGCAGGCACAAGCGCAGGCCGCCGCGAAUGCUCCUCAGCAAGGGCAAGGCGUGCCCGCGCAAUCGCACGAUGCGUUAAACGCGUCAAUCCCAGAGGUGUCUCCGGAAGAACUCCAAAACCAGAUCAAGGAACUGUCGCACGAUUUGGUGCAAAAAGAGCAGCAGAUCGAGACUCUGAUCAAAGCACUGCCCGGACAUGGUGUAUCUGAGAAGGAGCAAUGGGAGAAAAUGAAGGCUUUGAAAAAGGAGCUUCUAGGCCUAGAGCAAGAGAAGGAGGAGGCUGUAAAGGACAGAGAGGAGCUACUCCGCAAGGUCGAAAGGCUCAUAUUGGGCGUCGGCGCUGUCUGAGGGCACCUGGAGCGAUAUAACUCGGAGUUGGGGAUACGGUAUGGAUUGAACUAAGAUACCCGGGACAACGUCUCACAAUGCAUGAUCCUUUUCGGAUACGGGAUUUAUCAUUUGAAGCUCGGCAUUCUGCUUGUGACCGAAUCGCACCCGCCACGAAGCCAUUUGAAGCCCAUGAUAAGAGCAGAACAGAAUGCGGGUCAGGAAACCUGGCUCUCCCGUGACAAGAAUACAAUAGAAUCGA